AUGGCACCUAUCCAGCAUUCGUUUUCACCGAUUCUUCAGAGCUUCCCCAAAGAGCAUCGAGGAGAAUUGGAUAUGUCGGAGAAGUACAACUACGACUUGAGUAAAGCUCAGCUCAAAGCGAGCAGCAGGACAUCGGCCCUGCUAGCUGGUUUUGCAAUGGUGGCGUUAGUGGAACUGCAGUAUGACCAGAACACACCGCAUUGGCUUUUGAUACUGCUCGGUGUUGUCACAACGUUGUUGGUAUCGGUGCAUUUGCUGGCGCUGAUGAUGUCCACUUGCAUACUGCCGUAUAUGGAAGCCACCGGAUGCACACAGGACUCGCCACAUAUACGGUUGAAAUUCUACAUCGACUUGUCGUGGCUCUUCUCUACAUGUAUUGGCUUAUUACUUUUCCUCGUUGAAAUUGGGAUCAUAUUUUUUGUGAAAUUCACAUCUGUGGACUAUCAACUCGCUGGCUACAUUACCACAGGAAUGUUAAUUCCUGUUGUGGUUGUGUUUGUGAUAUUUUCAUACUUAAUUCAUAGAAGCCGGCCUCAGAUGCCUCGAUCGUUUGACCCAACCCGGACCGCGCUUCUGAAGAAGUCAUCGGCGCCUCGAUGUUCGAUUUCCGUCGACGAUAUUCAAUCGUUGUCAUCCAAGAACGUCACCAACUCGGCGUCGAUCCUGUGGCCAGUGCCACGUUUCACACUUGAGGUGCCUACCCUUGCCAACGGCUCUUCCACCACAUCCCUCAGACCACCAAGCCCUCUGCCUCCGAGAGGAGCUGACACACCUGGAGCAGAUUUCGAUUAUCGGUUAGUUUGUAGUUCCUCUGCCGAAAAAGACCUGUACGGACUAUCCUUUUUGAGCUAUACGCAGCAGUUAUCCACC